AUGGUGACUGGCGGUGGUGCUGCACCUCCCGGGACUGUCACUGAGCCGCUUCCCAGUGUGAUUGUGCUGAGCGCAGGCCGGAAGAUGGCGGCUGCGGCUGCGGCGGCCAUCUCUACUUGUUUUCCCACAGCGACCCGAAAAUUGGGAUUUGAAGCUAAACCAGGUGGACAGGUGAAAUGUCAGUAUAUUUCUGCUGUGGAUAAAGUUAUAUUUGUGGAUGAUUAUGCAGUAGGGUGUAGGAAGGACCUUAAUGGAAUCUUGUUGUUAGACACUGCUCUGCAAACUCCAGUUUCAAAGCAGGAUGAUGUGGUUCAGCUUGAAUUACCCGUUACAGAGGCACAGCAGCUCUUAUCAGCAUGUUUAGAAAAGGUAGAUAUUUCUAGUACGGAGGGUUAUGAUUUGUUCAUCACACAGCUCAAAGAUGGUUUAAAAAAUACAUCUCAUGAGACUGCAGCAAACCACAAAGUUGCCAAGUGGGCCACAGUUACAUUUCAUCUUCCUCAUCAUGUGUUGAAGUCCAUUGCCAGUGCCAUUGUAAAUGAACUCAAGAAAAUAAAUCAAAAUGUUGCUGCCUUACCUGUGGCGUCCUCAGUGAUGGACAGAUUGUCUUACCUCUUACCUAGUGCACGUCCCGAACUCGGAGUGGGGCCAGGCCGUUCUGUAGACAGAUCACUGAUGUAUAGUGAAGCUAACAGACGGGAGACAUUUACCUCAUGGCCUCAUGUAGGCUAUAGGUGGGCACAACCAGAUCCCAUGGCUCAAGCUGGAUUUUAUCAUCAGCCUGCCUCAUCUGGAGAUGAUAGAGCCAUGUGUUUUACUUGUAGUGUAUGCCUCGUUUGUUGGGAACCUACUGAUGAACCUUGGUCUGAACACGAAAGACAUUCCCCAAACUGCCCAUUUGUGAAAGGUGAGCACACACAGAAUGUGCCAUUGUCAGUCACCCUUGCAACAAGUCCUGCACAGUUUCCUUGUACGGAUGGAACUGACAGAAUAUCUUGCUUUGGGUCGGGGAGCUGCCCUCAUUUUCUAGCUGCUGCAACUAAACGAGGGAAGAUCUGCAUAUGGGAUGUUUCCAAACUUAUGAAGGUGCACUUAAAGUUUGAAAUUAAUGCCUAUGAUCCAGCAAUUGUACAACAGCUUAUUCUGUCAGGAGACCCAAGCUCAGGAGUUGAUUCAAGGAGACCAACUUUGGCGUGGCUGGAGGACUCCUCUAGUUGCUCAGAUAUACCAAAAUUGGAAGGAGAUAGUGAUGAUUUACUGGAGGAUUCAGACAGUGAAGAGCAUUCCAGAUCAGAUUCUGUGACAGGGCAUACAUCACAGAAGGAAGCCAUGGAAGUAAGCCUUGAUAUAACAGCACUCAGCAUUCUGCAACAGCCAGAAAAACUUCAGUGGGAGAUUGUUGCAAAUGUGCUUGAAGAUACUGUUAAGGAUCUUGAAGAACUUGGGGCAAAUCCUUGUUUAACAAACUCUAAGAGUGAAAAGACAAAGGAAAAGCAUCAGGAACAGCACAACAUUCCUUUUCCGUGUUUAUUAGCUGGAGGUUUAUUAACAUAUAAAUCUCCUGCUACCUCACCCAUUAGUAGUAAUUCUCACAGGUCACUGGAUGGUUUGAGCAGAACUCAGGGUGAAAGUAUAUCAGAACAAGGGUCAACUGACAAUGAAUCCUGCACUAAUUCAGAACUAAAUUCUCCUCUGGUGAGGAGGACUUUACCGGUUUUGCUUCUUUAUAGCAUCAAGGAAUCUGAUGAGAAAGCAGGAAAGAUCUUUUCACAGAUGAACAAUAUUAUGAGUAAAAGUUUGCAUGAUGAUGGUUUUACUGUUCCACAGAUUAUUGAAAUGGAGCUGGAUAGUCAGGAGCAGUUGUUAUUGCAGGAUCCUCCUGUGACUUACAUUCAGCAAUUUGCAGAUGCAGCAGCCAACCUUACCUCUCCGGAUUCUGAGAAGUGGAACUCUGUGUUUCCCAAGCCUGGGACUUUGGUUCAGUGCUUGAGGCUGCCAAAGUUUGCAGAGGAGGAGAAUCUUUGUAUAGACUCAAUAACUCCUUGUGCUGAUGGAAUUCAUUUGUUGGUAGGACUGCGGACAUGCCCUGUUGAAUCCUUGAGUGCAAUAAAUCAAGUAGAGGCCUUGAAUAAUUUAAAUAAAUUAAACUCUGCACUAUGUAAUAGACGGAAAGGUGAGCUGGAAUCAAAUCUUGCUGUAGUGAAUGGUGCAAAUAUUAGUGUAAUCCAACAUGAAUCACCAGCAGAUGUACAGACUCCUUUGAUAAUUCAGCCUGAGCAGAGGAAUGUUAGUGGUGGAUAUUUAGUACUUUAUAAAAUGAAUUAUGCCACUCGGAUAGUGACUUUAGAAGAGGAACCAAUAAAAAUACAACAUAUCAAAGAUCCCCAGGACACAAUUACCUCGCUCAUUUUGCUUCCACCAGAUAUAUUGGAUAAUCGAGAGGAUGACUGUGAGGAACCUAUUGAGGACAUGCAGUUAACCUCAAAGAAUGGUUUUGAGAGAGAAAAAACGUCUGACAUUUCUACUCUUGGACACCUGGUAAUAACUACUCAGGGAGGAUAUGUAAAAAUACUAGAUCUUUCAAACUUUGAAAUUUUGGCCAAAGUGGAGCCUCCCAAAAAGGAGGGCACUGAGGAACAGGACACAUUUGUUUCUGUGAUUUACUGCUCUGGCACAGACAGGCUGUGUGCGUGCACCAAAGGUGGUGAGCUUCAUUUUCUCCAAAUUGGAGGAACCUGUGAUGAUAUUGAUGAAGCUGAUAUACUAGUGGAUGGAUCUCUUUCUAAAGGAAUAGAACCAUCUUCAGAAGGUUCCAAGCCUUUAUCAAAUCCUUCAAGUCCCGGCAUUUCAGGAGUUGAUUUAUUGGUGGACCAGCCAUUCACCCUCGAAAUCUUGACAUCUCUAGUGGAGCUAACCCGCUUUGAGACUUUGACUCCAAGGUUUUCAGCGACUGUUCCUCCAUGCUGGGUAGAAGUUCAACAAGAACAGCAGCAAAGGAGGCACCCUCAACAUUUGCAUCAGCAACACCAUGGUGAUGCUGCUCAGCAUACUCGAACUUGGAAACUACAGACCGACAGCAACAGCUGGGAUGAACAUGUAUUUGAAUUAGUGCUACCUAAAGCUUGUAUGGUUGGACAUGUGGACUUCAAAUUCGUUUUGAACUCAAACAUCACCAAUAUUCCACAGAUACAAGUGACACUGCUGAAAAAUAAAGCUCCAGGAUUAGGGAAAGUCAAUGCUCUUAACAUUGAAGUGGAACAAAAUGGGAAACCGUCCCUGGUUGAUUUGAAUGAAGAAAUGCAGCACAUGGAUGUAGAGGAAUCACAGUGUCUUAGAUUAUGUCCAUUUUUGGAGGAUCAUAAAGAAGACAUUCUAUGUGGGCCAGUAUGGCUUGCUAGUGGCCUUGAUCUAUCAGGGCAUGCUGGGAUGUUGACGUUAACAAGCCCCAAACUUGUUAAAGGUAUGGCAGGAGGAAAAUAUCGUUCGUUUUUAAUCCAUGUCAAGGCAGUGAAUGAAAGAGGAACAGAAGAGAUUUGUAAUGGUGGAAUACGUCCUGUAGUAAGGCUUCCAUCCCUAAAACACCAGAGUAACAAGGGUUACUCACUUGCUUCACUUUUGGCUAAAGUUGCAGCAGGCAAGGAAAAAUCAUCUAAUGUUAAGAAUGAAAAUACAAGUGGCACCCGUAAAUCUGAAAACCUCCGGGGCUGUGAUUUACUUCAAGAGGUCUCUGUCACCAUUCGAAGAUUUAAGAAAACAUCAAUUUCUAAGGAAAGAGUGCAACGAUGUGCUAUGUUACAGUUUUCAGAAUUUCAUGAGAAGCUUCUUAACACUCUUUGCAGAAAAACAGAUGAUGGCCAGAUCACAGAACAUGCCCAGAGCCUUGUGUUGGAUACUCUCUGUUGGUUAGCUGGAGUUCAUUCAAAUGGACCUGGAAGCUCAAAGGAAGGAAAUGAGAGCUUACUUUCGAAAACACGAAAAUGUCUGUCAGACAUCGUACGUGUUUGCUUCUUUGAGGCAGGACGAAGUAUAGCCCAUAAGUGUGCCCGAUUUCUAGCCUUGUGCAUUAGUAAUGGCAAAUGUGACCCAUGUCAACCAGGAUUUGGAUCUGUUCUGUUGAAGGCUUUACUUGAUAAUAUGUCGUUUUUACCUGCAGCAGCAACUGGUGGUUCUGUCUAUUGGUAUUUUGUCUUACUGAAUUAUGUGAAAGAUGAAGAUCUGGCUGGAUGCAGUACAGCUUGUGCAUCUUUGCUUACUGCAGUGUCCAGACAGUUACAGGACAGGCUAACGCCAAUGGAAGCUUUACUUCAGACAAGAUAUGGAUUAUAUAGCUCACCAUUUGAUCCAGUCCUCUUUGAUUUGGAGAUGAGUGGCUCUUCUUGUAAAAAUGUUUAUAACAGCAGCAUUGGUGUCCAGUCAGAUGAAAUUGAUUUAUCAGAUGUCCUUUCAGGAAAUGGAAAGGUCAGUAGUUGCACAGCUGCUGAGGGUAGUUUCACAUCUCUCACUGGACUUUUGGAAGUUGAACCUCUGCACUUUACUUGUGUGUCAACUAGUGAUGGAACCAGAAUAGAAAGGGAUGAUGCAAUGAGUUCCUUCGGGGUUACUCCUGCAGUAGGUGGACUAUCAUCUGGGACAGUUGGGGAAGCCUCGACAGCCCUGAGUUCAGCAGCCCAGGUAGCUUUGCAGUCUCUCUCUCAUGCAAUGGCUUCAGCCGAGCAACAGCUACAGGUGCUGCAAGAGAAACAGCAGCAGCUUUUGAAGCUUCAGCAACAGAAAGCAAAGCUGGAAGCCAAGUUACAUCAGACAACAGCUGCAGCAGCUGCAGCAGCAUCAGCAGUAGGUCCUGUUCACAACUCUGUGCCUUCCAACCCAGUGGCUGCCCCUGGAUUCUUCAUUCAUCCAUCUGAUGUUAUUCCACCCACUCCAAAAACAACACCUCUUUUUAUGACUCCACCACUCACUCCACCCAAUGAAGCAGUUUCCGUUGUGAUUAAUGCCGAACUUGCACAGCUUUUCCCAGGCUCAGUCAUUGAUCCCCCAGCAGUCAAUCUUGCUGCACAUAACAAAAAUUCCAACAAGUCCAGAAUGAAUCCACUUGGUUCUGGUCUAGCCCUUGCAAUUUCUCAUGCUUCACAUUUUCUUCAACCUCCGCCUCACCAGUCCAUUAUUAUAGAGCGAAUGCAUUCAGGAGCAAGGAGAUUUGUGACCUUGGAUUUUGGGAGGCCUAUAUUGUUGACUGAUGUAUUGAUUCCCACUUGUGGAGACUUGGCUUCUUUGUCAAUUGACAUUUGGACAUUAGGAGAAGAGGUGGAUGGAAGGCGGUUGGUAGUGGCAACUGAUAUAAGCACCCAUUCACUAAUUCUUCAUGACUUAAUACCACCUCCCGUGUGCAGAUUCAUGAAGAUCACUGUCAUUGGACGUUACGGGAGUACAAAUGCCAGAGCCAAAAUCCCAUUAGGAUUUUACUAUGGUCACACCUACAUCUUACCUUGGGAAAGUGAACUGAAGUUAAUGCAUGAUCCUCUAAAGGGAGAGGGAGAAUCUGCAAACCAGCCAGAAAUUGACCAGCAUUUAGCAAUGAUGGUUGCUCUACAGGAGGAUAUACAGUGCAGAUAUAACUUGGCUUGUCAUCGUCUGGAAUCUCUUUUGCAAAGUAUUGAUCUUCCUCCUCUAAACAGUGCUAACAAUGCACAGUACUUUUUACGAAAACCAGAUAAGGCAGUUGAGGAAGACAGUAGGGUUUUUUCUGCUUAUCAAGAUUGUAUUCAGCUACAGCUUCAACUAAAUUUGGCUCAUAAUGCAGUGCAGAGACUCAAAGUGGCGCUAGGUGCAAGCCGGAAGAUGUUGAGUGAAACAUCAAAUCCAGAAGAUUUAAUUCAGACGUCUUCCACAGAGCAGUUACGUACUAUCAUCAGAUAUUUAUUGGACACGUUGCUCAGUCUGCUUCAUGCUUCUAAUGGACACUCUGUUCCUGCAGUUUUGCAGAGCACAUUUCAUGCCCAGGCCUGUGAAGAGCUCUUUAAACACUUGUGCAUCAGUGGAACCCCAAAGAUACGGUUACAUACUGGUCUUCUGCUUGUUCAACUAUGUGGUGGUGAAAGAUGGUGGGGUCAAUUUCUUUCUAAUGUCCUUCAGGAAUUGUACAAUUCAGAGCAGCUUCUCAUCUUUCCACAGGAUAGGGUCUUCAUGUUACUUUCCUGCAUUGGUCAAAGAUCACUUAGUAAUAGUGGAGUAUUAGAAAGCUUACUUAAUCUCUUGGAUAAUUUAUUGUCACCUCUUCAGCCACAGUUACCCAUGCAUAGGAGGACAGAAGGAGUACUAGAUAUUCCCAUGAUCAGUUGGGUUGUUAUGCUAGUGUCCAGGCUGCUGGAUUAUGUGGCAACUGUUGAAGAUGAAGCAGCAGCUGCAAAGAAACCUUUGAAUGGUAAUCAGUGGAGUUUUAUUAACAAUAAUCUACACACUCAGAGCUUAAAUAGAUCUUCUAAAGGCAGCAGUAGCCUUGAUAGAUUAUAUUCCAGAAAAAUCAGAAAGCAGCUUGUUCAUCAUAAACAGCAACUUAACCUACUAAAAGCAAAGCAGAAGGCAUUGGUAGAACAGAUGGAAAAAGAAAAAAUACAAAGUAACAAAGGAUCGUCAUAUAAACUCCUGGUAGAACAAGCAAAACUAAAGCAGGCCACUUCAAAGCACUUUAAGGAUUUAAUUCGUUUACGUCGGACAGCAGAAUGGUCCCGUUCUAAUUUAGAUACAGAAGUUACAACAACAAAAGAAAGUCCUGAGAUAGAACCACUUCCAUUUACUCUGGCCCAUGAACGUUGUAUCUCUGUAGUCCAGAAACUUGUUCUGUUUCUUCUCUCCAUGGAUUUUACAUGUCAUGCUGAUCUCUUAUUGUUUGUUUGUAAGGUUCUUGCACGCAUUGCAAACGCCACGAGGCCAACUAUUCAUCUGUGUGAGAUUGUGAACGAACCCCAGCUGGAAAGACUGCUAUUACUUUUGGUUGGAACUGACUUCAAUAGAGGAGAUAUAUCUUGGGGUGGUGCUUGGGCUCAGUAUUCCUUAACUUGUAUGCUACAGGAUAUUUUAGCAGGAGAAUUACUGGCUCCAGUAGCCGCAGAAGCCAUGGAGGAAGGAACAGUGGGUGAUGAUGUAGGUGCGACAGCUGGUGACUCUGAUGACUCCCUUCAACAGUCCUCAGUUCAGUUGCUGGAAACUAUAGAUGAACCUUUGACACAUGACAUAACAGGUGCACCGCCUCUGUCCUCUUUGGAAAAAGAUAAAGAAAUUGACCUUGAGUUACUUCAGGAUCUAAUGGAAGUUGAUAUUGAUCCUUUAGAUAUUGAUUUGGAAAAGGACCCUCUUGCAGCCAAGGUUUUUAAGAUAUUCUUCUCCUGCUCCCUGGAUGCUCGCCUAGAAGUUGGACUUGAACAGCAAGCAGAACUCAUGUUGAAAAUGAUGUCUACCCUGGAAGCAGAUUCCAUUUUACAGGCAUUAACAAAUACAUCUCCUACGUUAUCACAGUCUCCCACUGGAACAGAUGAUUCCCUUCUAGGGGGUUUACAAGCAGCAAACCAAACCAGCCAGCUCAUUAUACAGUUAUCAUCUGUCCCAAUGUUAAAUGUUUGUUUCAACAAACUUUUUUCCAUGCUUCAAGUCCAUCAUGUUCAGUUGGAGUCACUUCUCCAAUUGUGGCUCACACUGAGCCUGAAUUCUAGUUCAUCUGGAAACAAAGAAAAUGGAGCAGACAUAUUUUUAUAUAAUGCUAAUAGAAUACCUGUCAUUUCAUUAAAUCAAGCAUCAAUAACUAGCUUUCUCACAGUGCUAGCUUGGUAUCCCAAUACUUUGCUCCGGACGUGGUGCCUUGUGCUUCAUAGCCUAACACUCAUGACAAACAUGCAGCUUAAUUCUGGUUCCAGCAGUGCCAUUGGAACUCAGGAGAGUACUGCUCAUUUGUUGGUUUCAGAUCCAAACCUUAUUCAUGUAUUAGUGAAAUUUCUUUCUGGCACCAGUCCACAUGGAACAAAUCAACACAGUCCACAGGUUGGUCCCACAGCUACACAAGCUAUGCAAGAAUUUCUUACUCGAUUACAAGUGCAUCUUUCUUCAACAUGUCCUCAGAUAUUCAGUGAAUUUUUGCUCAAGCUAAUUCAUAUACUUUCAACUGAAAGGGGUGCUUUCCAGACAGGCCAAGGACCUCUUGAUGCCCAAGUGAAGCUCUUAGAAUUCACUCUGGAGCAGAAUUUUGAAGUCGUUUCAGUUAGUACUAUUUCUGCUGUGAUAGAAUCUGUUACAUUUUUAGUGCAUCACUAUAUCACUUGCUCAGACAAAGUAAUGUCAAGAAGUGGAUCAGAUAGCUCCGUGGGUGCUCGAGCAUGCUUUGGGGGACUCUUUGCCAACCUGAUUCGUCCAGGUGAUGCAAAAGCAGUUUGUGGCGAAAUGACAAGGGAUCAACUCAUGUUUGAUUUGUUAAAACUUGUUAACAUUUUAGUGCAGCUGCCUCUUUCAGGCAAUAGGGAAUACAGUGCAAGAGUGUCUGUGACCACAAAUACAACAGAUAGUGUUUCAGAUGAAGAAAAAGUCUCAGGAGGCAAAGAUGGCAAUGGAAGCAGUACCAGUGUUCAAGGAUCGCCUGCAUAUGUUGCUGACUUAGUCUUAGCCAACCAACAAAUUAUGAGCCAGAUUUUGUCUGCUCUGGGCCUGUGUAAUAGCAGUGCCAUGGCAAUGAUAAUUGGAGCAAGUGGAUUACAUCUCACUAAACAUGAAAACUUUCAUGGUGGGUUGGAUGCUAUAUCAGUUGGGGAUGGAUUAUUUACCAUACUGACAACCCUUAGUAAAAAAGCUUCUACAGUCCACAUGAUGCUGCAACCAAUUUUAACAUACAUGGCCUGUGGAUAUAUGGGCAGACAAGGCUCUCUUGCUACUUGCCAGUUAUCUGAGCCAUUAUUGUGGUUCAUUUUGAGAGUAUUGGAUACUAGUGAUGCCUUGAAAGCAUUUCAUGAUAUGGGUGGUGUUCAGCUCAUAUGCAAUAAUAUGGUCACUAGUACAAGGGCUAUUGUGAACACUGCAAGAAGUAUGGUAUCAACUAUUAUGAAAUUUCUUGACUCUGGUCCAAAUAAAGCUGUUGACAGCACAUUGAAAACAAGAAUACUAGCUUCUGAGCCUGACAAUGCUGAAGGGAUUCAUAACUUUGCACCCCUUGGUACAAUCACAUCUAGCAGUCCUACUGCCCAGCCAGCUGAAGUGCUAUUGCAGGCCACACCUCCUCAUAGAAGAGCUCGCUCUGCUGCUUGGUCCUACAUCUUUCUUCCAGAGGAGGCUUGGUGUGACCUUACCAUUCACCUUCCCGCAGCAGUGCUGCUUAAGGAGAUACAUAUCCAGCCUCAUCUUGCAUCUCUUGCAACCUGCCCUUCCUCAGUGUCUGUUGAAGUAAGUGCAGAUGGGGUAAAUAUGCUACCUUUGUCCACGCCGGUUGUCACAAGUGGCCUCACCUACAUAAAAAUUCAGCUUGUAAAAGCCGAAGUAGCUUCUGCUGUCUGCCUUAGACUACAUCGUCCACGAGAUGCCAGCACAUUAGGCCUUUCACAGAUUAAAUUAUUGGGGCUCACUGCUUUUGGUACCACCUCUUCAGCAACGGUUAAUAAUCCAUUCCUUCCAUCUGAAGAUCAGGUAUCUAAAACAAGUAUUGGAUGGUUACGGUUAUUACAUCAUUGCCUUACUCACAUAAGUGAUCUAGAAGGAAUGAUGGCAAGUGCAGCUGCACCUACUGCCAAUCUGCUGCAGACUUGUGCGGCCUUAUUGAUGUCACCUUACUGUGGAAUGCAUUCACCCAACAUCGAGGUUGUGCUUGUAAAGAUAGGACUGCAGUCUACUAGAAUUGGCCUGAAGCUCAUAGACAUUCUCCUGAGAAAUUGUGCAGCAUCAGGCAGUGAUCCUACAGAUUUGAAUAGUCCUUUACUUUUUGGAAGACUAAAUGGACUCUCUUCUGACUCUACGAUAGAUAUUCUUUACCAGCUUGGAACAACUCAGGAUCCUGGUACAAAAGACAGAAUUCAGGCCUUGUUAAAAUGGGUUAGUGAUUCUGCAAGAGUGGCUGCUAUGAAGAGAAGUGGCAGGAUGAACUACAUGUGUCCUAACUCCUCAACAAUAGAGUAUGGUCUUCUGAUGCCAUCUCCUUCUCAUUUGCACUGUGUGGCAGCCAUUCUGUGGCAUAGUUAUGAGCUGCUUGUAGAAUACGACUUACCAGCACUCUUGGACCAAGAGCUCUUUGAGUUACUUUUUAAUUGGUCCAUGUCUCUUCCCUGCAAUAUGGUUUUGAAGAAAGCUGUUGACAGUCUACUUUGCUCAAUGUGUCACGUACACCCAAACUAUUUUUCUUUGCUCAUGGGCUGGAUGGGAAUUACCCCUCCUCCAGUGCAAUGUCACCAUAGACUGUCCAUGACAGAUGAUAGCAAAAAGCAGGAUCUUAGUUCAUCUUUAACAGAUGACUCUAAAAAUGCACAAGCACCUCUCUCAUUAACUGAAUCACAUUUGGCUACCCUUGCUUCCUCUUCUCAAUCUCCUGAAGCUAUUAAACAAUUACUAGACUCAGGUUUGCCUUCUCUUCUUGUGAGGAGUCUGGCUAGUUUCUGCUUUAGCCACAUUUCUAACUCAGAAAGCAUUGCUCAGUCAAUAGAUAUUUCCCAGGACAAACUCAGACGCCAUCAUGUUCCACAACAAUGUAAUAAGAUGCCCAUCACAGCAGACCUAGUUGCUCCUAUUCUUAGGUUUUUGACAGAAGUUGGCAAUAGCCAUAUUAUGAAAGAUUGGCUUGGUGGUUCUGAAGUGAAUCCACUCUGGACAGCACUUCUGUUUUUAUUGUGUCACUCUGGGUCCACUUCUGGAAGCCAUAAUUUAGGUGCACAACAGACCAGUGCAAGAUCAGCUUCUCUUUCUUCAGCUGCUACAACAGGAUUGACUACUCAACAGCGCACAGCAAUUGAGAAUGCAACUGUUGCAUUCUUUCUGCAGUGCAUUUCAUGCCAUCCAAAUAAUCAAAAGCUGAUGGCACAGGUUCUUUGUGAACUAUUUCAGACAUCUCCUCAAAGAGGGAACCUUCCAACAUCUGGGAACAUUUCAGGGUUUAUACGAAGAUUAUUUUUACAGUUGAUGCUGGAAGAUGAGAAAGUGACAAUGUUUCUUCAGUCUCCAUGUCCACUGUACAAAGGUAGAAUUAAUGCUACUAGCCACGUCAUCCAGCAUCCAAUGUAUGGAGCAGGCCACAAAUUCCGUACUCUUCAUUUGCCAGUCUCAACAACAUUAUCAGAUGUUCUUGACAGAGUGUCAGAUACUCCAAGUAUCACAGCUAAAUUAAUUAGUGAACAAAAAGAUGACAAAGAAAAGAAAAACCAUGAAGAGAAAGAAAAAGUUAAAGCGGAAAAUGGAUUUCAAGACAAUUACAGUGUUGUUGUUGCCUCUGGGCUGAAGUCUCAGUCUAAACGUGCUGUGUCAGCUACACCACCUCGCCCACCAUCCAGGAGGGGGAGGACAAUACCUGAUAAAAUAGGAAGUACUUCAGGAGCAGAGGCUGCCAACAAAAUAAUUACUGUCCCAGUGUUUCACCUGUUUCACAAACUCUUGGCAGGCCAGCCAUUGCCAGCUGAAAUGACACUUGCCCAGCUUUUAACUCUCCUAUAUGACCGAAAACUUCCUCAGGGUUACCGCUCAAUAGAUCUGACUGUUAAAUUGGGAUCAAGAGUUAUAACAGACCCAAGUCUAUCAAAAACAGAUUCUUAUAAAAGACUACACCCUGAAAAAGAUCAUGGAGACUUACUUGCUAGCUGUCCAGAAGAUGAGGCUCUCACUCCAGGUGAUGAAUGCAUGGAUGGGAUAUUGGAUGAAUCUUUGCUUGAAACCUGUCCCAUUCAGUCACCAUUACAAGUUUUUGCAGGAAUGGGUGGACUGGCUCUUAUUGCUGAAAGACUACCCAUGUUAUAUCCAGAAGUAAUUCAACAGGUGAGUGCUCCAGUUGUAACAUCCACCACUCAGGAAAAGCCAAAGGAUAGCGAUCAGUUUGAAUGGGUGACCAUUGAACAGUCAGGGGAGUUAGUUUAUGAAGCACCAGAAACUAUCGCGGCUGAACCUCCACCUAUCAAGUCAGCAGUACAGACCAUGUCCCCCAUACCUGCCCAUUCUUUGGCUGCUUUUGGAUUAUUUCUUCGUCUUCCGGGCUAUGCCGAAGUGCUACUGAAAGAGAGAAAACAUGCCCAGUGCCUUCUUCGAUUGGUAUUGGGAGUAACAGAUGAUGGAGAAGGAAGUCAUAUUCUUCAAUCUCCAUCAGCCAAUGUGCUUCCAACCCUUCCUUUCCACGUCCUUCGUAGCUUGUUUAGCACUACACCUUUGACAACUGAUGAUGGUGUACUUCUAAGGCGGAUGGCGUUGGAAAUUGGAGCCUUACACCUCAUUCUUGUCUGUCUCUCUGCUUUGAGCCACCAUGCCCCACGAGUUCCAAACUCUAGCGUGAAUCAAACUGAGCCACAGGUGUCUAGCUCUCAUAACCCUACAUCAACAGAAGAACAACAAUUAUAUUGGGCCAAAGGAACUGGCUUUGGAACAGGCUCUACAGCUUCUGGGUGGGAUGUGGAACAAGCCUUAACUAAACAAAGGCUGGAAGAGGAACAUGUUACCUGCCUUCUGCAGGUUCUUGCCAGUUACAUAAAUCCUGUGAGUAGUGCGGUAAAUGGAGAAGCUCAGUCAUCUCAUGAGACUAGAGGGCAGAACAGUAAUGCCCUUCCUUCUGUACUUCUUGAGCUUCUCAGUCAGUCCUGCCUCAUCCCAGCCAUGUCAUCUUAUCUACGAAAUGAUUCAGUUUUGGACAUGGCAAGACAUGUGCCACUUUAUCGGGCGCUGUUGGAAUUGCUCCGGGCCAUUGCUUCUUGUACUGCCAUGGUGCCCCUGUUGUUGCCCCUUUCUACAGAGAAUGGUGAAGAGGAAGAAGAACAGUCAGAAUGUCAAACUUCUGUUGGUACAUUAUUAGCCAAAAUGAAGACAUGUGUUGAUACCUAUACCAACCGUUUAAGAUCUAAAAGGGAAAAUGUUAAAACAGGAGUAAAACCAGAUGCAUCUGAUCAAGAACCAGAAGGACUUACUCUUUUGGUACCAGACAUCCAAAAGACUGCUGAGAUAGUUUAUGCAGCCACCACCAGUUUGCGGCAAGCAAAUCAAGAAAAAAAACUAGGUGAAUACUCCAAGAAGGCGGCUAUGAAACCCAAACCUUUGUCAGUAUUAAAGUCACUUGAAGAAAAAUAUGUGGCUGUUAUGAAGAAAUUACAGUUUGAUACAUUUGAAAUGGUUUCUGAAGAUGAAGAUGGGAAAUUGGGAUUUAAAGUCAAUUACCACUACAUGUCUCAGGUGAAAAAUGCUAAUGAUGCGAACAGUGCUGCCCGAGCUCGCCGCCUUGCCCAGGAAGCUGUGACACUUUCAACCUCACUGCCUCUGUCUUCAUCCUCUAGUGUGUUUGUACGCUGUGAUGAGGAGCGACUUGACAUCAUGAAGGUUCUAAUAACUGGUCCGGCGGACACCCCUUACGCAAAUGGCUGCUUUGAGUUUGAUGUGUAUUUUCCUCAAGAUUAUCCCAGUUCACCCCCUCUUGUCAAUCUGGAGACAACUGGUGGUCAUAGUGUGCGAUUCAAUCCAAACCUUUAUAAUGACGGCAAGGUUUGUUUAAGCAUCUUAAACACGUGGCAUGGAAGACCAGAAGAGAAGUGGAAUCCUCAGACCUCAAGCUUUUUGCAAGUGUUGGUGUCUGUCCAGUCCCUUAUAUUAGUAGCUGAGCCUUAUUUUAAUGAACCGGGAUACGAACGAUCUAGAGGCACUCCCAGUGGCACACAGAGUUCUCGAGAAUAUGAUGGAAACAUUCGACAAGCAACAGUUAAGUGGGCAAUGCUAGAACAAAUCAGAAACCCUUCACCAUGUUUUAAAGAGGUAAUACACAAACAUUUUUACUUGAAAAGAGUUGAGAUAAUGGCCCAGUGUGAGGAGUGGAUUGCGGAUAUCCAGCAGUACAGCAGUGAUAAGCGGGUAGGCAGGACUAUGUCUCACCAUGCAGCAGCUCUCAAGCGUCACACUGCUCAGCUUCGUGAAGAGUUGCUAAAACUUCCCUGCCCUGAAGGCUUGGAUCCUGACACUGACGAUGCCCCAGAGGUGUGCAGGACCACAACAGGUGCUGAGGAGACUCUAAUGCACGAUCAGGUUAAACCCAGCAGCAGCAAAGAACUCCCCAGUGACUUCCAGUUAUGAGCUGCAUUGACAUGGACUUCAUAGACACAAAGGCUUCGAAGCACAAGCCAAAUAUGUCAAUAUUUGUAUGUAAGAAACUAAUUAUGUAAUAGGUAAUGAAACUGAAACUAUACUAUGCCCUUAAGGAGAUCCAGUUUAAUUCAAGGUGAUCUUUUAUUUACCUGUACAGGAGUGUAAACUUUUUUGUGCUUUUAUUUUUCAAUUGUGAGAACCACUGAUUGGUAUGUUCAACAAAUUUGUGUAUACAAAGAAAUGGAUAAAUCACUGCUAUAUAAGGGAAACUACCUUAGGAAAGAAUGUUUACUGAAUGUUUAUUUUAUUUUAUUUUUUACUGUAGAGUGAGGGGUUGUUAACAAAGAAUAUAUAUUGGUCAUUCUUACAACUACUAUUUAAAGUCAGCAACUUUUCACUGAAUUUGAUAGAUUUUAUGUUUGGCCAUAUCUUCAUGCUCACAUUUGAUUUCUGAAGACCUCCUACAUACACUUCAAUAAAAGUUAAAUGGACAUACUCCCUCUUUUUUGAUUUACUGGUACAUUUUUAAAAUAAUAAAUCUGCCAUAAAAUGCAUUAUAUCUGGAGACUUGCACUUGUAUGGAUGAAUUUAUUACAGUCAACAUAUUUAAUUUUAUGCCUUCUAAUUCUAAGAUGCAGAAAAAAAUAAAUGAACAUGAUUUUAUUCUAUGCCAACAUUUGGGCCUCUGAAUGUAUCUGUUAUUUGAAUUUAAGUAUUUGAAAAGGAAUGGUCAAUUUGAAAGUCAUUCUAAACUGAUUUUUUUUUUUUUUUUUCUAAAGGGCUUCUUUUUUCCUGGACUAUGUGGUUUUAUGACUAAAGUCACAUGUAUGUAUUAAACAUUGAGGCUCUGUAGAGGAGAGAGGAUGUACCUCUCUGGUGCUGUUACAGUACAUUCUGUACCUGCCAUACAGGCUCAUUUUCAUGCAAAUUCUUCCUAGAGCCAAAUAAAUAAAGACUUAGGUAAAUUAGUA